AUGCCUUGCUGCACUCGUCGUGGUUGUGGAAAGGACUAUAAUGUUGAGGAUAAUGCCUCUGAUGGCUGCACCUAUCAUCCUGGUGGCCCUAUAUUUCACGAGGGUCUUAAGUCUUGGUCGUGCUGCUCAGAUGUAAACAAACCGGUGCUUGAUUUUGAUGAAUUCAUGAAACUUCCGGGAUGCGCGCGAGGUCCACAUACGGACGAAGUUCCGGAGGUGUUGGCCCCCAAAUCGUCGUCAGCGAAUGUAGAACUCAAGAUGACGGAGUCUCAGACUAUUACAGAGACUUAUGUAUCGGGACCGUCUGAAUCAGCCAUGCCCCCUUUGAAGGCUCAACCGCCUGUUACUACAGCACCCCCCGCGCCAGUUGUAGAGGACGAAGACGAUCUGUCAGUCCCGGUCCAGCCAGGUACAAGCUGCAAGCGGAACGGGUGUAAAACUGUGUUCGAGAGUGAUGAUAUCAAUCGAGUCGGGGAUGGCCCGGGAGCGCUGUGUACAUACCACCCAAAGACCCCCAUAUUCCACGAAGGAAGCAAGGGGUAUCUUUGUUGUAAACGUCGAGUUCUAGAGUUCGACGAGUUCCUUAAGAUCGAAGGGUGUAAAACUGGACGUCACGUCUUUGUGCCCAUAAACCGGGAGUCGGAGUCUGAACAAUUCACCGACUGCCGCAUUGAUCAUUAUCAGACUCCACGCGAAGUACAUGUAUCCGUCUUUGCAAAAAAAGCAGACGAAGGUCGUAGCACGGUGAAGAUUGAGGAGAAUGCUAUUCAUCUCGACUUGUACCUUCCUGCGUCAAAGCGCUUUCGCAAGUCACUAGAACUUUUUGGUCCAGUAGAUGCAUCCGCAUCUAGCUACAAGUUCUACGGCACAAAGGUGGAGGUGCUUUUGAAGAAACAAGACACUAGAAGUUGGGCCAUUCUCGAGAAGACAACCAAGGAUCUCGGUCCAAUUAGCCUUACGUUUGGUGUUGGCGGCAGAACGGGCACUAUAGGCGGGAAGGAAAUCAUACUCGACGAUGUAAACAAAGCAAACGCGAACUAUGCUUAG